AUGAACCAAGUGAAAGAAACGGCCGCCACAACGGAUAGGCCAAGAGACCUCCUGCUGAUCCAGCAGGCCAAGCCCGCGGGCAGUGGCAGCAGCUCGAGCUCCAGCUCCUCCUCAGCCAGAUCCACUUCAUCCUCCACCUCCUCCUCGGGUGGAGGUCAGGUGUAUAUCGACACCGAUGCCGCCACAGCGGCGGCAGUGGCCAAUCUGCGCAGCAAGGUGCCUUCCAUAUCGAUAAUUCCGCUGCCCGCCAACACCACCAUUGUGGCCAGGAGCAGUGCCUCCAGUGCUGCUCCUACAGCCCUGCCCCAGCUGAUUCACACGGCCAGGAGUGUGUCCAACAAGUCCACGGGCACCUCGCCACCGUUGGCCUUCAUCUCGGAUGCGGGAGCGGGUUCAGGCGGUGUAGCUGGAGGAGCUCCUGCUUUGGCCCUGCUGCAGCGACCCCAGCAGCAGCAUCAGUACCAGCAGACGGACAAGUGCACGGUGCUCAAGCUCCAGUCGGGACUGGGGCCCAGCACCAGCACCUACCUGCAGAUCGAGCAGCAGCUCAGCGAGCUGGAGGCCGCCGACGAGGAGGAGGAGAACAUGGCCAGCCUGCUGGGCAGUGCGCCGCCGGCUCAGAUCCUCGCCAACCAGCCCAUCAUCGUGAAGAUCGAGCCCACGCAGUCCUUUCACAUUGUGGAUGAGAGCGACACCAGGGUGCUGAGUCUGCCUCUGAGUGAUGCGGACAAGUUGGGUGCCAGCUGGAUAGAUCUCAAGGAUAUAGCCGGGCUGCAGGCCAGCGGAGGAGCCACCCUGCUGGAUGUGUGCUUUGAGCAGGCCAACGAGGAGGGCACCAUCAUAGCCACUGUGCAGCCGGAACUGGACACGGAUCUGGAGGCGGAACUUGAGGGGGAUCCAGAGGAGGAUGAGACUGAGCAGGAGCCACCAGCGCCCAAGAGACUGGCCACUAGCAGGACGCAGCCCCAGCAGCAGCAUCAGAACAGGCCACAGCAGCAUCACCAGGUGAAGUUCCUCUCGGAUCCACCGGCCUUGGCGCGCUCCAGCAGCUUCAGCAGCCUCAGCAGCUUCAGCAGCCUGAGCAACAUCAGCUCCGUGUGCAAAAACAUGGCCAGCAAUACUGCCAACACUGGCAACACCAGCAGCAGCAGCGAGAGCCAUGCCAGCAACCUCAGCCAGCUAAAGCGAACCAAGGAUCGAACGCCACCGCCCAUGGCACCGCUGAGCAAUAACCAGAAGCCCGCAGCAGUGGUGGCCACCACCACGACAUCAGCAAUAGCCACGGCCACAUCAGCGGCAACAGCAACAGCAACAGCAGCAGGAACAGCAAGCACGCCAGCAACGUCGGCGCUGGGUGUGCCAGAGAAUCUCAACGAUCUCAAGUCAAGGAUUCCCCCAUGA